AUGGAUAAUCAACGAUUAUUGGUAACAAGUGAAUAUAUUCCACCGAAAAAUGAUCAACAAGGAUUGUGUAUAGCUCUAACGAUAUUUAUUUUAUUCGUCAUUUUUUGGUAUCAUGCUCUCUUUCAAAUCAAUUUAAUGGAUAUAGAACAUCGAUCUCCUUGGUGGGAUAUUAUUGGAACUUUUCUCAUUUUGGAAUUUCUCUAUACAGGAUUGUUUAUCACUUGUCAUGAUGCUAUGCAUGGAGCAAUCAUCUAUCAACAUCGAAAAUUGAAUAAUGCUAUUGGUAAGUUAUGUAUAACUGCCUAUGCUUGGUUUGAUUAUCAACGAUUGUAUGAAAAACAUUGGCGUCAUCACAAUCAUACAGGUAUUGUCGAUCAUGAUCCAGAUUAUCAUGAUGGUCAACGAAUAUCGCUUUUUUUCUGGUAUUUCAAAUUUAUGUGGGGAUAUAGUUCUCUUCUUCAACUUACUAAAGUUGGUCUAUGGGGUAAUUUUCUAAUGUAUAUAUGUUCAGUACAAUUUAUCAAUAUCAUCAUAUACAUGUUAAUAUGUCCUAUAUGCAGUUCAUUUCGUCUUUUCUACUUUGGUACUUAUUUACCACACAGACCAGAAGUUAUUAAUAGUCGAAUGGUAGAAAAAAUGCCUUGGGAAAAAUCACGUUCAUCAAAUGUGAAUCGUCUUGUGAGCUUCUUAUGUUGCUAUCAUUUUGAUUAUCAUUGGGAACAUCAUCGAUGGCCAUAUGCACCAUGGUGGAACUUAUGGAAAUGUAAAGAAAUUCAACAAAGAAUGAAAAAAUCAUCUUGA